AUGCAGCCCGAUGCGAUAAAUGCUACCUACGGACCCACGAGGGCUUUGGAGGUGAGUAUUUUGCAGUUGCUUAUAACCGAUACCCACGGAUGGUUAGAGGGUCACCUUAAAGAAGCCAACUAUGGCGCCGAUUGGGGCGACUUCGCCUCCUUCUCGACUCGCUUCAAGCAGCAAGCCGGCGACAUGGGUGUUGAUCUACUUUUAGUAGACACCGGUGAUCUACAUGAUGGCGCCGGGUUGAGUGACGCUACCACGCCCGACGGCGAGGUUUCGAUGAAGAUAUUCGACAAGGCCCAGUAUGACUUGCUAACUAUUGGUAACCACGAGUUAUAUCUUGCCGACGUUGCCUACCAGGCUCUGGACGAGAUAUCGACGUAUUGGGGCGAGAAGUAUCUCACGUCCAACGUUCAGAUACUCAACCGGCAGACGAAGGAGUGGCAGUAUAUCGGCAACACGCACCGAUACUUCGCUACUAAGCAUGGGCUUCGAAUCAUGGCCUUUGGCGUGUUAUUCGACUUUACUAGUAACACGAAUGUCUCUAAAGUCAUCCCUGCGAAGACCAUGAUUACACAGAAGUGGUUUCUAGAUGCCCUUCAUUGCCCGGAGCCCGUGGAUAUCUUCAUCGUUCUGGGCCACAACCCUGCCCGACCGACUGAUAAAACGAGCACUUUUCCUAUCGUCUUUGACGCGAUUCGUACUGUGCACCCGGAUACCCCUAUUCAGUUUAUCGGAGGCCAUAGCCAUAUUCGGGAUUUUGCUGUCUUCGAUAGUAGUAGCACGGCGCUUGAGUCAGGCCGAUAUUGCGAAACACUCGGUUGGCUCUCGAUGUCGGGAUUUAAUAGUAAAGAUAGUGGCCCUGCUGGUGUCCCUAACCCAACUCGCAAAGCAACGCAGAAUUCUACUUCUCCGUUCGUAUACUCCCGUCGCUACCUUGAUUGGAAUCGUCGAACCUUUGAGUACCAUGCUGCGACGUUGUAUAAUAAAAGCCUCGACUAUCAUAGCGGCUUGGCCGUUACAGAGGAUAUUACAAAGGACAGGAAGCAGCUUAACCUCACCGAUGUGUAUGGAUGUGUUCCCCAGGACUAUUGCAUGACGUGCGUACCAUUCAAUGCCUCGGGCAAUAUCUUUCCUCUGCUGUCUGACGCGUUAGCCGGGGGUGUCGUGAACGAAUCGCGUAAAGAUAUACCGCGAUAUAUCAUUGCCAAUACGGGAAGCGUUCGGUUCGACAUGUACAAGGGGCCUUUCACUUAUGACGAUCAGUUCAUCGUCUCGCCGUUCCGUGACAUUUUCUUGUACAUCCCAGAAGUGCCCUACGCCCUGGCCAGAAACUUAACCGAGUCACUCAACAAUGCUGGUGCCAGUCGGAAGCGUAACGUUGGUAUCGUGCCUGUUGAACGCGACAUCUGCGUCGACCCUGUCCUUGUUCACUUCACCGAACUUGGGAGCGAAGAGCGUCGUGCAUUCAAUCACGAAUCUCCUAGGAUUACGAGGCGUCAAGUCGUCGACUUGACUGCCGGCUAUACGACUAAGGAUGACUUUGGCACUGAUGGCGACGACACGGCGCAUUCCGAAAUUCCGCACUACGAAAUCCCCGAUUUUUUCCAAGGCGUAGCUGGAUUUAGUGACAAUCAGACGGCAGAUAUUGUUGAUGUCGUGUUUGUUGAUUUCAUCGAGAGUGAUCUUCUUGCUAUCCUCGGCUCCAACUAUAGCUCUAGCGAUGUCUCGUAUUACAUCGAUGCGAACUUCACGACGCAAGAUUACUUGCCGUUGUAUAUCCAGCAGACGAAGGCUUUCCAAACCGGGCUGCCUAAUUGUAGGUAG